AUGAUGUCGGCGCCGGGAAGAGGGUCGGCCCUGCUUAGGGGAUCCCAGCGAGUGUGCACCCAGUGUGCUCGUCCCGCCCCCCGGCCUAGGAUAACCACCACCACCACCUUCCCAGCUGCGACAACACUUACUUCUCGAGCGGCCACCCUUCCCUUAGCCUCCCGCCGUUACUACGCCGUCGAAGCAGCGACAAGCACCGCCAGCACCCCCCACUCUGCCCCGCAGCCCCCAUCAGCAACACAACCACCAGCCGCCUCCACAAGCAGCACAACAACCACCACCUCCUCAAACCCCUCCACCUCCAACGCAGCAGCAUCAACCUCAACCGCCCCAACCCCCCAACCCAACCCCCCCCUCUACCGCAUCAAAUCCGCCCUCAUCCUCUCCCGCCCCCCCCUCCUAACCCGCGACCAACACCCCUUCGAAUCCGCCUUCUACCUCUACCAAAAACGCCUCAACGACCGUCUCACCGCCCCCUUCCGCCGCCCGUUCUACUUCCGCCAAAACACCGCCACCGACAUCGACUUCCGCAUGAAGCUCCGCGAGCGCCACGGGGUCCCCGCCAAGGACAUCGGCCGGUACAACUCGCGGGGCCGCAUGGCGUGGAACGACGAGGUACUGGUGGGGUCGACGACGUCGGAUCCGCAAGUCGUGGUGGAGAAGUUGUUGGCGGAUGCGGAGAUGCGGAUUAGUGAGGAUGGGGAGCCGAUUACGGCGGAGGAGAGGGUGCCUGUGGAGAGGCCGAUGCCGAGGCGGAGUGAGGCGGAUGAGAAGGGGGAUGUGAAGAGGUUGGAUCGGGCGAUGGAUCGGACGCUGUAUUUGGUGGUGAGGAAGGGGGAAGGGGAGGAAGGGGUGUGGGGGUUUCCGGCGGGGAUGGUGAUGACGGAGGAGACGUUGGAUGAGACCGCCGCCCGCGUCCUCGCCGAAUCAGCCGGUAUCAACAUGAACACCUGGCUGGUCGGCCGCGUCCCCGUAGCCCACCACGUGACCCCGCCGCAGCCCGAACUCGACAUCCGCGGCGAAAAGACCUUCUUCAUCAAGGGCCGCAUCAUGGCCGGGCAGGCCGACCUGACGGGGAACACGCACGGUCUGACCGAUUUCCGCUGGCUCACGCGUGAAGAACUGGAGGAGCUGCUGCCGGAGAAGUAUUUCAAGUCGGUUCGGGGGAUGAUGGAUUUGAGGUAG